GUCAUGGACCACGCGGCCUAGCUCUAGCUGCGCCAGAGCAGACACGCCGGGAGCUCUCUCGGAGGCGCGCGCUAGAGUCUAGAGCAGCGUGCCAGCGGGCAUGGCGGAGCAGCUCAUCUCCACGGCCGAGCACGACACGCUGCCGGACAGCUACGUCCGGCCAGAGACGCAGCGGCCGCGCCUGCGCGAGGUCGUCCCCGACGCGGAGAUCCCCGUGGUCGACCUCGCCGUCCCCGACCGCGCCGCCGUCGUCGCCAGGGUCGCCGAGGCGUGCCGCACCCACGGCUUCUUCCAGGUGGUCAACCACGGUGUGGCGGAGGAGCUGACGGCGGCGAUGCUGGCGGUGGCGUACGAAUUCUUCCGGCUCCCCGCCGAGGAGAAGGCGAAGCUCUACUCCGACGACCCGGGCAAGAAGAUGCGGCUGUCCACCAGCUUCAACGUGCGCAAGGAGACGGUACACAACUGGCGGGACUACCUCCGCCUGCACUGCCAUCCGCUGGAGCAAUACGUCCCCGACUGGCCGGACAAUCCGCCAUCAUUCAGGGAGACGGUGAGCGCGUACUGCCGGGAGGUCCGGGCGCUGGGGUUCAGGCUGUACGGCGCCAUCUCCGAGGGCCUGGACCUGGACGGCGUGUACAUCAAGGAGACGCUGGGCGAGCAGGAGCAGCACAUGGCGGUGAACUUCUACCCGCGGUGCCCGGCGCCGGAGCUCACGUACGGGCUCCCCGCGCACACGGACCCCAACGCGCUCACCAUCCUGCUCAUGGACCAGCAGGUGGCCGGACUCCAGGUGCUCAAGGACGGCCGCUGGAUCGCCGUCAACCCGCGGCCCGGCGCGCUCGUCGUCAACCUCGGGGACCAGCUGCAGGCGCUGAGCAACGGCAGGUACAAGAGCGUGUGGCACCGCGCCGUCGUCAACUCCGACAGGCCAAGGAUGUCGGUGGCGUCGUUCCUCUGCCCCUGCAACGACGUGCGCAUCGGCCCCGCCGCCAAGCUCGUCACCGGCGACACGCCGGCCGUGUACAGGGACUACACCUACGCCGAGUACUACGCCAAGUUCUGGAGCAGGAACCUGGACCAGGAGCACUGCCUCGAGCUCUUCAGGACCUAGCAGCAGCACCUCCUGCGUACGGUAGUACUAGCAGCAGAGAAGAACAAACAGCAGAGUCUAGCGUUUUCGAUGCUUCUCUUUCGUUUAGCUUUUCGGUUUUCCAUCAUCCCGUUUUGUUCAGUGAUGUACCAUGUAGUAUGUAUACGCAACAGAUGUACUCUGGUAGUUUGUUCGUUAGAAGUGAACUUGCCGACUCCAUCAGAAACUGUCUGUACCCUUCAUCAACUUCCCUCCAAUUCAGCUUUGCUUAUACAAGAACUCAAACUUCUCUUCUCUGAAUAA